AUGGGGCCCACGAUCAUACAGACUUCAAAAGUUGUUGUUCUUGAUCUUGGGGAAGAUGCCAAGAAACCUGUCUUCACAGAGGACGACGAACUGGUUGAAAUAUGCGCACCUUUCGCAUUCAAGUUUGUCCACAGCGCUGAAAGGGUUAGGGAUCCUGUGACGAAAAAAGUCACUAUGUGUACUGAGGCUGAAGACUACGUAUGGUUUUAUGAACGCUUAUACAAAAAAAGGGUUCAAAAGAGAGGAGAGAAACCAUAUGAUAUUAUAGUUAAAGAUCUCGAGAACAUUCGUUACUACCCCGAUAUGGCACAUCGUCCUACCAGUGUACGAUUCAACGAAAUCAAGAUUAAAGAAACCCUAGGGGUUCUGUACAGUGCCGACUACAAGGUAUCGGCGAAAUCGAAACUUUUUGAGGUUUGCACAAAUAUUCGGAUUGAAAGAAAGAAUUACAAAGGCUAUGAAGAUUGGAUAGAGAAGUUUGCAGAACAGGGGCUCGACGACAAUAUAUUUAGCCUUGCUCACAAUACUAGAGGCUUGAAAGUGGAUUAUAAGCUUCCAUCUUCGACUGAUAUGAUAACAGAUCCUACGAAAGGAUGGCUAUAUGAUUCUAAGAGAAAGGACCAUAUUUUGUGUCGACCGACGAGUGGUAAGCCUGUGCUAAAUGAGGACGACGAAUUCAUUUGGUUGUGUGAUCUCAAUAAGAGAAAGCCAAAGCCAACCAGAACGGUUUCUGCACCUGUAAAUGGGUCCACAAGUCCACCAAAAGUGCUGCAGAAAAAAUCGGAGAGUAAAGAUUUCGACAAUAGACAGACCGAAGGAAAGCAUCGUGAGAUCAAACCUCACAGCCAAGGUAGUUCUAAGGACAAGCUUUCUAGUCAGAUUAGUUCCGAGGAAAGGAUUUUAAGCCAGAGAGAUUCCAAGGUGAGACCCCUCGGACAGGGUGGUUCCAGGGACAAACUUCCUAGUCAAAGUGACUCCAAUAAUAUACCUCCCAAGCGGAGUGAUUAUUGCGACAAAAUUUCCUGUAAGAGUGACCUCAAGGUCGUACCUUCCAAGCAGAGCGACUGUAGGGACAAAAUUUCCAAGCAAAGUGAUGUUAGGAAGUCUCCAGAAAAGAAAUAUCCGGCUAGGAAAACAACUAGUGGAUCUGAAUUCACCACUAAAAGACCUGUUGCAGGGAGGUCGCAAACUUUUGCAUGA